AUGGCGGACCAAAUCCCGCUGCACCCGGUGCCGCGCAGCACCCAACGAAGGGCGGCUUAUUACACCAACGCCCCAGCCGCUCAGCGGCAUAACAGAUAUCAGGUAGAAGAUGAGUCCUCUCACUUGGAUGAAAUGCCCUUAAUGAUGUCAGAAGAAGGCUUUGAAAACGAUGAAAGUGAUUACCAUACUUUACCAAGAGCUCGGAUUUCUCAGAGAAAAAGAGGCAUAGAAUGGUUUGUGUGUGGCGGCUGGAAAUUUCUUUGCACCAGUUGCUGUGACUGGCUCAUAAACAUUUGCCGAAGAAAGAAAGAACUCAAAGCACGCACAGUAUGGCUUGGAUGUCCUGAAAAAUGUGAAGAAAAGUAUCCUAGAAAUGCUAUUAAAAAUCAAAAAUACAAUAUCUUUACAUUUAUACCUGGGGUUUUAUAUGAACAGUUCAAGUUUUUCUUGAAUCUUUAUUUUCUCGUUGUCUCCUGCUCACAGUUUGUACCAGCGCUGAAAAUAGGCUACCUCUACACCUAUUGGGCUCCUCUGGGAUUUGUUUUGGCUGUCACAGUGGUACGGGAGGCAGUUGAUGAAUUUCGUCGUUACCAGCGAGACAAGGAAAUGAACUCGCAGUUCUAUAGCAAGCUCACAAUACGAGGUAAAGUGCAAGUUAAAAGCUCAGACAUUCAAGUUGGAGACCUCAUCAUAGUGGAAAAGAAUCAGCGAAUCCCAUCUGACAUGGUGUUCCUAAGAACUUCAGAAAAAACAGGUUCAUGUUUUGUCCGAACUGAUCAGCUAGAUGGCGAAACAGACUGGAAACUAAAAGUUGCUGUUAGUUGCACACAGAGGCUGCCAGCUUUAGGGGAUCUUUUUUCAAUCAGUGCAUAUGUUUAUGCUCAGAUGCCACAAAUGGAUAUUCAUAGCUUUGAAGGUACCUUUACACGGGAAGACAGUGAUCCAACUGUUCAUGAAAGCCUAAGCAUAGAAAAUACAUUAUGGGCAAGCACUGUUGUUGCUUCAGGAACAGUAAUUGGUGUUGUCAUUUACACGGGGAAAGAGACUCGAAGUGUAAUGAACACAUCCAAUCCAAAGAAUAAGGUUGGUUUGCUGGACCUUGAACUGAAUCAACUGACCAAAGCACUGUUCUUGGCUCUAGUUGCACUUUCAAUUGUUAUGGUAACCUUGCAAGGGUUUGUGGGUCCAUGGUACCGCAACCUUUUUCGGUUUCUCCUCCUUUUUUCCUACAUAAUCCCUAUCAGUUUACGUGUGAACCUUGAUAUGGGCAAAGCAGCCUAUGGAUGGAUGAUUAUGAAGGAUGACAAUAUACCUGGGACAGUUGUCCGAACCAGCACCAUACCUGAAGAACUGGGACGUCUAGUAUAUCUACUGACUGAUAAAACAGGUACACUGACCCAGAAUGAGAUGAUAUUUAAGCGCCUCCACCUAGGCACCGUAUCAUAUGGCACAGACACAAUGGAUGAAAUUCAGAAUCAUAUUAUCAGUUCCUACUCUCAGGCACAUUCCCAAUCUAGUGGAAACAGUACCAGUGCAACACCUACCCGAAAAGUGCAGUCUUCUGCACCCAAAGUCCGCAAAACUGUCAGCAGUCGAAUACAUGAAGCAGUAAAAGCUAUUGCCUUAUGUCACAACGUUACACCUGUAUAUGAAUCCCGAGCGGGAGUAACUGGAGAAACAGAAUAUGCAGAAGUAGAUCAGGAUUUCAGUGAUGAAAAUAGAACUUACCAAGCUUCUAGCCCUGAUGAGGUAGCACUGGUGCAGUGGACAGAGAGUGUUGGCCUUACUUUGGUCAACAGGGAUCUUACUUCAAUGCAGCUGAAGACCCCCAGUGGUCAGAUUCUGACAUACUACAUUCUGCAGAUUUUCCCCUUCACAUCUGAGAGCAAGCGGAUGGGAAUCAUAGUGAGAGAUGAAUCUACAGGUGAAAUCACAUUUUACAUGAAAGGUGCAGAUGUCGCCAUGUCCUCUAUCGUUCAGUAUAACGACUGGCUAGAAGAGGAGUGUGGGAAUAUGGCAAGAGAAGGACUACGCACGCUGGUGGUUGCCAAAAAAUCAUUAACAGAAGAACAGUACCAAGAUUUUGAGAACAGAUACAACCAAGCAAAAUUAAGUAUACAUGACAGAGCCCUCAAGGUGGCUGCAGUUGUGGAGAGUUUAGAAAGAGAAAUGGAAUUGCUCUGCCUCACUGGAGUUGAAGAUCAACUACAGGCUGACGUGAGGCCAACUCUGGAGAUGCUGCGAAAUGCUGGAAUAAAGAUAUGGAUGCUAACAGGUGAUAAAUUGGAGACUGCCACUUGUAUUGCAAAAAGUUCUCACUUGGUAUCCAGAACACAAGAUAUUCAUGUUUUCAGACCUGUAACCAGUCGUGGAGAGGCUCACUUGGAACUGAAUGCGUUCAGAAGAAAACAUGACUGUGCUUUGGUCAUAUCUGGAGACUCUCUGGAGGUCUGUUUGAAGUACUAUGAACAUGAAUUUGUAGAACUGGCAUGUCAGUGUCCAGCUGUAGUAUGCUGCCGAUGUUCACCCACUCAAAAAGCCCACAUUGUAAAACUAUUACAGCACCACACUGGAAAACGUACGUGUGCAAUAGGUGAUGGGGGAAAUGAUGUCAGUAUGAUCCAGGCAGCAGACUGUGGAAUUGGAAUUGAAGGGAAGGAGGGAAAGCAAGCUUCCUUGGCAGCUGACUUUUCCAUCACACAGUUCAAACACAUUGGCAGGCUACUGAUGGUACACGGUCGCAAUAGUUACAAAAGAUCGGCAGCACUUGGUCAGUUUGUCAUGCACAGAGGCCUUAUUAUUUCAACUAUGCAGGCUGUGUUUUCUUCAGUCUUCUAUUUUGCGUCUGUUCCUUUAUACCAGGGGUUCCUAAUGGUAGGGUAUGCAACCAUAUACACUAUGUUUCCAGUCUUCUCCUUAGUGCUGGAUCAAGAUGUUAAACCAGAAAUGGCAUUGCUGUACCCUGAACUUUACAAAGACCUUACUAAGGGAAGAUCUUUGUCAUUUAAGACAUUCCUCAUCUGGGUUUUAAUCAGUAUUUAUCAAGGUGGCAUUUUGAUGUAUGGAGCUCUCCUGCUUUUUGAAUCUGAGUUUGUCCAUGUUGUUGCCAUUUCCUUCACUGCUCUUAUCCUGACUGAGCUCUUGAUGGUUGCACUUACUAUACGAACAUGGCACUGGUUAAUGGUGGUGGCUGAAUUCUUCAGUCUUGGCUGCUAUGUGGCCUCUCUUGCAUUUCUGAAUGAAUAUUUUGGUAUAGGCAGAGUGUCUUUUGGAGCUUUCUUAGAUCUUGCCUUUAUCACAACUGUGACCUUCCUGUGGAAAGUGUCAGCCAUCACUGUCGUAAGCUGUCUUCCACUUUAUAUUCUGAAGUACUUAAAACGUAAAUUUUCUCCUCCAAGUUACUCCAAACUUACCUCGUAAAAAUGACUGAACAUCUGGUAGGGGGAGGAUACACCUACAUGACUUUAGCUAGAAAUUGCUUCUCCUCCUACUUCAGUCUGCGAUAAGUUAAGCAGAGGAAAAGAAAACCAAGAAAAGAGAGGAGCGCAAACAGCACAAAAACAAUGGGAGCAUCUGAUAGAUUUCACGGUGAACUAAAUUAACAAAACCACCCAGAUAAGAUGGUUCAUCUUGUGUAUUUUCUUAUUUUCUAAGUUAAUACUGCUUCUGAUUGAUUUAAUUACUACUGUAAAGGAUUUAUUCCUACUGCAGUAAUUUUUCUGCAUAAUUUCCUAACAACCGCAUUCUUUGAUAGAAGUGUUAGUUCAUUCCCACAUAAAUAAAAUGUAACAAACUUAGAAACUGUAAAUGCCAUUGUCUGUAUUUGCUGCUAUAUGUAACUCUGAUAUAUGCACUAUAUGAAUAACAGAUGUCUGCAUAGCACAGUAUUAGUUUGGGAGCUGUAGUUCUCUUUUCUGUAUUUCUCCAUUGCCAGCUGCGUUAAGACAUGUGAAUAUCUGAGUUAUUGAUAGCAGCCUUUCCGGUGCACAAAGGGGCAAAGUUGCACAAAACAUGACGAAAAUACAUUUCUGUACAUAAUUCUGUUGCGCCUACUGAUCUGUAUAGAAGACUUCUACUGUUCAGUAAAUGUUUUGUAAGUUCCUACCCAUUUUGUAUUUGUAAAUCUGCACACACAAAGUGUGUCAGCACAGAACUAGCCAUUCCAUAGAUAGCAGUUAACCUUGUGUUACUUAAUGGAAACAAUCCACCAAAUGCUUCUGUGCUACUUGAAUCAUUUUAGAGAAGAUUCUACAAAAGCCCUAUUGAUAUGAAUGGAAGUUUGUGGUGGACGUAGACUGUGCCCAAACUCCCAUUCAGCAAUCCAUCAAGGUAUGGGAGUCCCUAUGCCCAUUCACGGUUCCCCUGCCUGUUCACAGUUAUCCCUCUGAUUUCAUUAGAGGGAGUUGAUUCCCACACACAUUCCUUUGUCCAAGCAGGCUGGUUUUAAUUUAAAUCCAGAAAGAAGAUCCCCGCACAUGCUAGAGCUCCAAAUCUGUGUAGACUGUACACAGAUGUAUAGGCAGUUAUCUAUACAUUGCCUUGUAAUCUGUUUACUGAAGGUUACUCAGGUAAAAAUAAUAAAAUGGACAUAUAAAUAAUGGUAGAAAAUCCAUCAUCUUCCAAACCAUAAUUUUUAUAUUUGAGUUACUACAAAAAAGAAAAGAAAAUCACUCUAAUCUGAUAUAAUCUUGAAGGAUAGUUGUCUAAACCGUAUGUGCUUUGCUGUUAUGCAGGAUGGGGGGGUUGUCCCCCCCCCCGCAGUGCCGUUUCCCUUUUCAAGAAAAAUAUGUUUCCCGUUUGUUCAGAAGAGUCAGUUAUCAGACGAAAGAAUAAACAUAAUUUAACCAUCCUUCUUUAUUAAAGAAGAUUUUUGUAUGUUAAGAAUUGUCUUUUUAUAUCAUAUUAUUUUAUUAGACUGCUUCACAGCAGAAUUCUUUUUGUAGUCCCUCAGAACAAGUGUCUUGCACCGUUGUUAUUUGAUAAUGAUGCUAACACUAAAGCACUUCCAGAAAAGCACUUCCAGAAAAUGACUGUUGCAGAACUAUUUUGAGUUAACAAUCCACUCCAUUCGUUUGGAAGAUGUUUAACAGCAAUUAAUCCUUGCUUUUCUUUUUUUUUUAAAACAAUUCUUCAUUAUAAAAGCAAUAAAGCCUAAUUUCUACCAAAUAUUAUUAUUGAAGGUCUGUAAAAUAAAUGUUGUUUGGUAGUGUUUCUUUACACUGUGCUUGUUUAAUCUGUUUUCUGUGACCUUAUGCAGUAAACAACUGUUCAUAGUGGCCACUAGAUGUCACUGGGUCUGGGGGUUGUCUUUGUGCCACCACAAGGCUUUGCUCAUUAUAUGAGAACCUUGCAAGGUUUUAUUUAUGUGUUAACAUGGCUUUAGCCUCCCCUUUUCAACUGCUAGAUCAUUUUGGAGGAGCUAUAUAGAAACAAAUACAAAUAACUGCCAGCUAAUGAACAGAGUAGUUCACUAUAUUAAUACCAAUGUCUUUUUUUUUUUACUGUGACUCUUUGUCUGGUAUGUUCUGAGUAGGCAAGCCUUUACUGUGUGGAGCUCAUUCCAUGAACGAAGCUUUAAAAAUGCUCUGUCAUCCUUGAUUUACAAUACCUUUUAUUGUGGGCUAAGUUAAUAACGAAACAAAUUUAGACAACUGGACAAAUGCAAGGAAUAGUUUAACCCUAGCACAUCUGUGUACAAG